UAAGAAGUUAAACUUGAAAAAUACAUCGUUUGUUCUAGGUUAAUCAAUCAAGAAGAAGUGGACGAGAACCAAAGAAGAAAAGAUGAAUUAUCCGAGGAAAAUGAUGCUCUCAAGCAGAACAUAAGUGAAUUGCAAGCUAGAAACAAAGAGGAUCUAGAAAGGAGAAAUCAAAUGGAAGAACAUAUAGAGUCACUAGAGAAGGAAAAGAACAUAUCUCAGCUGACAGUUUUGGAAUAUGAGAAAAAAACAAACGACAAUGCAAAUAUAUCAGAAAAAAAUCAACACAAGAAAGAAUUGGACAAGAAAACAAAAGACCUAAAGGAACUGUUGAGUAUAAAAGAAAAAUAUGAACAAGAAGUUGAAGAACUGAAACAGGAACUUAGUACUAUAAGAGAUGUAGACUGUAAGAAACGGAUUUUACUACAAGACGUGCAAAAUCAUCGAAUUUCCAUGUCUGAAAUGACACGAGAUAAGAAUCAGAAAGCGAUAGAAGAUUACCAACAAAAAAUUAUGGAUGCCAAAAAGACGAUUAAAACGUAUAAAGAGGAGAUGGAAGAUUAUCGAAAACCGGUCGUAUGCAGAUAUUCAUGCAAUUCCUGUAGCAAUAUCACUAACUUAAGAAUUUCUCAGGGAACAGCACCGAAACCGUAA